AUGCACGCGACCCGAUGGCGGCAGCACCAUCUGCAGCCACAGAAUGAUAAUGGACGACGACGAGGAAGGGCAACAGGAGAGUCAACAGAGAACAUUCGUAAAGGCCUACUGGCAGAUAUCCGGACGAAAGUCUCCAAAGCUCAACCGAUCGAUUCCAUUGAGGUAUACGGAGAUCGCCUGGAAAAAUGUGUGAUCGACUCUAAGGAGAGAAGCCAAACACUGCUCCACUGGAUCGUGACGCAAGUCGAGACUCAAGACCGCGAAGCGCCUGAUGCCGAGGACUUCAAGCUUGCGGCCCAAAAAAUGGUGCAAUUGGCGAUGAAGUUCAAUGACAAGUUGAUCAGCGAAGUCGACAAUGCUGGAGAAACGGCGCUACACCAUGCUCUUACCUCACACGAUGACAGGGUUUCCUCCCUAAUUGAAACGAUGUGCGAUCACGAUGGGGGCAAGGAGUAUCUGCAACGCGCAAUUGCUCACGCCAACAACGAUGGGGACAAUUGCUUACACUUGGCAAUUGACCACAGGCCUGAUAUUGCUGAAAAGCUCAUAUCUAUCGCAAAUGAGGCAGCCUUCUGCCAAAAGCGCUGUCGUAACAAAAAGCACAUCGGCCAAGCAUCGCCCGAUCAUGGCAACACGCCCCUUCACGAUGCUGUGAGUUACGAACGCGGUGUCAUCAAUAAACCCCAUUGUCUCAAUCCCACGAACGGUAAUCAAUGCGAACGCUGCCACGUUCUCACCAUGGAAUACAAUCAGGCGGUGUCCGACGCUACAAUGCUCGUUAUAAGGCUAAUUGAGCGGUGCGACAAAGCAUUGAAGAUCAAGAAUGACAAUGAUGAGUCACCCUUCUUAUACUAUCUCCGAACCAAAGCAGAAUUCCAACCGGAAGAGGCGAACAAGAACUCUGUAGCGGCAUUCCGGGAGCCUACAGCCUGCUGCGCAAGCCCCAACAACGAGGCCUCAAUGAGUAUAGAGAGUCACCUCAUCGAGUCGGCUUUUUUUGUUGGUGGAUUCAAAGAUGCAUGCGCCUGUUUCUUUGGGGAUAAAGCUGAUCAGGAUGGCAAGAGUUGGCCUUUGAGACCAGGUUAUCCAAUCAUGGUGAAGUCGCACGAAACGUAUAAACAAUUCAUUCCUCAGGGCACACAUGUUAUAUCUCACGUGGACCUGCAGAUUGGCAGGUCCGCGUCUUCUCAAACUGAUAAGCCUACCCACCCGGCAGUACGGAAGGGAGGAGGAAGCAGCACUGUUUUACGACAAGAAAUCGAGCCCGCCAACGAACAUGGAGAUGAUGAUGAUCGCAUCAUUGCCCAGUGGCAGAACGAUAUGCUAUCGUUAACCAAAAUUUUCAAGAUGCUGAAGCAGCAGGGCGUGAAACGAAUCCUCAAAGUCACUAUCAAGGACAACUCAAAACGGCCAUGUAGCGACCAAGUCAUUCAACAAUGCCUCGCAGGUUUCGACGUCCGGUAUCUGGACUGGAACAAACCGGACUUGAGCGUUAGCAUCAUUUGUGCCUCAUGCCCAAAAAUUGCGGAGUUGACACUCUAUUCUUCCGGGCGUAGAGCUGUUCUGGAAAGCUGGGCAUCCAAUACGGGCCUUUGCAGGUUACGACAACUACUGCGCGUGAAUCUGGAAACCGUAGCAGGCUUGGAGGAAUACGGUGUCUAUAAGACAAUAGUGGAUGGCUUCCAGACAGAGUUGAUCGAGAACAUACAGCUCAUACGACGGAAGUUGGUCCUUGCAUCGAUCAUGGAGACGUGUGAGCUAGAAAUUCAAGACCUCGAAGACUAUGUCCGAAACCUUGCCAUAUCCAACGAGAAUGGAGACGACCCGGACCCCUACCCAGAGAUGCUUGAAGACAAAAGGAAGAAAAUCGAAACAUAUCGAAAAGACUUGGCUUCACUAGAAAGAGAGGGCGCGAAUCUUGAAGCUCAACGUUUGAAUCUCCUCUUGGGUAACACCGGCGUCGCUACGGUCACUGCUGCCAACGCUGUGUCGCAUGAAUUUGGAAAAAACGGGGGAGAUGGCAAUUCUGAUGGCAACAAUAGACCACCGGCGGAUAAGGGCAAGUUAUUCGAUGGCUUGAAUUUCAGGGAAAUACCCACUGCGACAUCUCGGAAAUGGCUGUAUGGCGCUGAUUACGAUGUAGCUUCCACUAUGGGGUCAAGGCUAUGCAAGACCACCACCAAAGUGGACGACUACAGCCCUGGAAGCAUUGUGAGUCUCGAGUUCGAAGCAAAAAUCUUCAUGGAAUCGCCCACAUCGAGCCAUCAAGGAACUGUGCGGACGGUGACCAAUAGCGAUGGCACGAUAAUUGAGGUCUCUACCGCCUUAUUUGUCCGGAAAUGGGUACAGACACCCGAGAUUGAGAAAUGGGAGCCAGUCAAGGUGGCACUCAUUGAUGAUGGCAUCGACAUCCGUCAGUUUGAACAUUCCGUGCAUCAUCCGGGAUGGCCACCUGCAAAACCGUACAGCGAUGAGAAACUGUGGUAUCAUUCAGAAAGGGGCCAUGGCACCAUAAUGGCCAAGAUGAUCUACAAGAUGUGUCCGCGCGUGGAGCUCUUUGUUGCCAAAUUGGCCGACUUCCACGAUCCCAAGAAGCUUGACAAUGCCGACAAGGCUGCAGAUGCUAUUGCAUGGGCAAUCGAGAACAGAGUCGACAUCAUCUCCAUGAGCUGGAGUUUGGUGGCAUCAGACGACAACAAGGACGGGAUAAGCAAAUUGGAGCGAAAGAUCAAAGAAGCCGCUGAUGCGAAAAUCCUCUUGUAUUGCGCGGCUGCCGACAAAGCAGGCUUUGUCAAGAAUGACACCCUGUUCCCGCACAGCAGCAGGACACCUUACAUCAGGAUUGUUGGCUCAGCGAAGGAGACAGGCGGCGAGUCGACUUUUGUUGAUCCCACCCAAGUCCAUUAUCUGUUUCCCGGAGAGCGAAUCCCUGAUCUUGGAGAGACCAAGGGCAGCUCGGUCGCCACUGCUCUCGCCGCCGGCUUCGCUGCCCUCAUUCUCUGGUGUUUCAGGAGCAAAGGCGAGAGCGACAAAGACAUAGCUGACCCAGACGGCAUGCACAUCGUCUUCCAGAGCCUGGUAAAGCAUCCAAACAAGUGGGUCAACGUAGCGAAUCUGCUUGGAAUUGAUAGCGUUGAGGAUGUGGAUGAAGUUAUUAAAUGGUGCAAGUCAGCUCUUUAUGCUGAAAAUAGGCGAUAG